CCACGAUUCUGCAAGUUUCGUAUUUUUCAUUCCAUAAAUCUCUGCAAAAUGCCAGAAUCUCGAGUAAAUGAGGGUGCAUCCGGAUCGGGCACUUCCAAGGACACCGCAUCCAACAAAAAGAAAAACUUACCCUGGAUCGAGAAGUACCGCCCCCAAAAGUUUGAGGAAAUCGUCGGCAAUGAAGACACCGUGAGUCGAUUGGGAGUUUUUGCCACGCAGGGGAAUGCACCGAAUAUUAUCAUUGCUGGACCACCCGGUGUGGGUAAAACCACGACGAUUCUCUGUCUGGCACGGAUCCUUUUGGGGGAAAACUUUCGGGAAGCGGUAUUGGAGUUGAACGCAUCCAACGAGCGUGGUAUCGAUGUGGUUCGGAACAAGAUUAAAAUGUUUGCCCAGCAAAAGGUGACACUGCCCCGGGGACGGCACAAGAUCGUUAUUCUGGAUGAGGCCGACAGUAUGACCGAAGGCGCCCAACAGGCACUGAGAAGAACUAUGGAAAUUUAUAGCAACACGACUCGUUUCGCAUUGGCCUGCAAUACGAGUGAGAAGAUCAUCGAACCCAUCCAGUCCCGGUGUGCGAUGUUGCGAUUCUCGAAGCUUUCGGAUGCGCAGGUUUUGGCCAAGUUGAUUGAGGUCUGUCAGAAGGAGGGAUUGAACUACGACGAGGAUGGUUUGGAAGCGAUUGUUUUUACGGCCCAGGGUGACAUGCGACAGGCAUUGAACAAUUUGCAGUCGACGGCAAAUGGAUUCGGGCACAUUAGCGGGGCGAACGUGUUCAAAGUUUGUGACGAGCCUCACCCAAUGCUGGUGCAGGAUAUGUUGGAGCAUUGCAUCAAGGGAGAUAUCCACAAAGCGUACAAGAUUAUGGCCAAACUGUGGCGCCUGGGGUACGCCGCGGAAGACAUCAUCGGAAAUGUCUUCCGAGUUUGCAAGCGGAUGAACAUGAACGAAAAGCUUAAGUUGUGCUUCAUCCGGGAUAUUGGAGAAACGCACAUGAAAAUCGUAGACGGACUGAACUCGUUGCUUCAGAUGUCCGGGAUGCUGGCGAAGCUUUGUGAGAUAUCUUAUGAUUACUCAUAGGAUUGUUCAUAAUUUUUGGUAAUGAAUAAUAUUUAAGUUUUCUGAAUA